AGUCAGGACUCUCUGAGCAAGAUGGCGCUGUGUCUUUCAGCACUGAACAGCUCCCAUCAGGCUUAUUAACAAACACUUCAAUUAGGCUAAACACAUUCGAAGGAAACGAAUGGCAGAAUUAGUCUCGGUCUUUCUUCUCCGGUCGGACACAUAAAGGAAUGCUCCUCAGGGCGCGCGCGCGCGUCGUUUGCUGCAGAGAAGCAGAAGAAGCAACCGCAGAGACCCUCUCCUUGAAAAUGACCAGAGAAGAUUCAAAUGAACACGGCAAUGGCUUGCGGUGAAACACAUCCACAAUAGACCGCAUAACCGGUGGAUUUGUCCGGCUGUUCCCCUAUUCUAGCUCUUUAACAUGGAGGAGCGAGGGAAUGACCUGUUUGACCAGACAAUAAACUCUUUAUUUUAACAACAGAGACAUCGUUGCUGGACUUCACGUUAUCUUCAGCAUGUUAGGCACUGUAACACUGCUGGUCAUGUCUGCGUCGUUUUUCAACCCUAGUUUUGCGCUGAGCUCUCAUUUCGACUCAGAUGGCGCUCCACUGAGUGAGCUGUCCUGGUCGUCCUCUCUGGCUGUGGUGGCUGUGUCUUUCUCUGGACUCUUUACCUUCAUCUUCCUCAUGCUGGCUUGCCUCUGCUGUAAACGAGGUGACAUUGGCUUUAAGGAGUUUGAGAAUGCAGAGGGAGAGGAGUACCCAGCGGACAUGUCCACGCCGGCAUCGCCUGCAUCUCACACCGGUCCCGAUGUCUACAUCCUGCCUCUCACCGAGGUCUCGCUGCCAGUCGCCAAGCAACCUGGCCGAUCAGUCCAGCUCCUGAGAUCCACAGAUCUUGGCCGCCAUAGUUUGCUUUAUAUAAAGGAGAUUGGACAUGGCUGGUUUGGCAAGGUAUUGUUGGGGGAGGUUCACUCUGGUCUCAGCAGUACCCAGGCGGUGGUGAAGGAACUAAAGGCCAGUGCCAGUGUCCAGGACCAGAUGCAUUUCCUGGAAGAGGCUCGGCCAUACCGGUCUCUCCAGCAUCCGGCUUUAGUUCAAUGCCUCGCUCAGUGCACAGAGGUCACACCCUACUUAGUGGUCAUGGAGUUCUGCCCACUGGGUGAUGUUAAAGGUUACCUGCGCAGCUGCCGGGCAGCAGAUUCCUUGACCCCUGACCCCUUACUGCUUCAGAGAAUGGCGUGUGAGAUCACUUCAGGCCUGCUUCACCUUCACAAAAACAACUUCACCCAUAGUGAUCUGGCUUUAAGAAAUUGCCUGCUAACAUCAGACAUAAAUGUCAAGAUUGGAGACUAUGGACUAUCGCAAAACAAGUACAAGGACGACUACUUUGUGACAUCAGACCAGACCUGGAUUCCUUUACGUUGGAUUGCCCCUGAACUGGUGGAUGAGGUUCAUGGUAACUUGCUAGUGGUGGACCAAACCAAGGAAAGCAACAUCUGGUCACUUGGUGUAACCAUCUGGGAGCUGUUUGAGUUGGGGAAUCAGCCGUACCGCCAUUAUUCAGACCGACAGGUUCUCAGCUAUGCUGUGAAGGACCAACAAUUGAAGCUGCCCAAGCCACUUCUUAAGUACCCUCUUGCUGACCGCUGGUAUGAAGUAAUGCAGUUCUGUUGGCUUCAGCCUGACCAGAGGCCCAAUGCAGAAGAAGUUCAUCUGCUGCUUAGUUAUCUAUGUGCCAAAGGAGCCAGUGAGGCAGAGGAAGACUUUGAGAGACGCUGGAACUCCAUGAGACCAAACACAAGUCAUGUCAAUCUCCAUGGAGCUGGUGCACUUGCAAUCAACAUGCCCCUCUCAUCCACCACUUCAUCAUUCCCCCUACUGGAGCAGUUCCCCACUGGAGACGGCUACAAUUCAGAAUCUGGAGAUGACAUCCUAACAGUAACUGAAACCAGCCAUGGCCUCAACUUUGAGUACAAGUGGGAGCAGGCACAGGCUGAACAGCACUACCAUUCCUCAUCCACCACAGGCACUUUGGGUCAAAGCAAUCCACAUUGUCAGGAGGUAUACUACCCUCCAGGUGGAAUAGUGGGAGGCUGUUCUUUUGAAGAACUCGCCUUAGGGGUUUCUCCUUCAUAUUAUGAGCCCAAACAACUUCAUAACCCUGUUGUGGUACCAGUCCUGAGUGCCCAUAGUCCAUCAGUGAGUAAUGAAUACUAUAUCCGCAUUGAGGAACCAAUACAAAGCAAUAUUGAUAUGAACUUCACCAUGUGUGCUUACAGUCCAGAGUUCGGGGGCAGCAGUGGAAGCUUUCUAACAGGUAGUGGAGACUCUGGGGAGUGUUUAAUCUGUCCCCCUGAAGCUAAACCAGACAUUUAUUGGUCAGCAGAUGUCCAUAAAAGCAGUGCCUAUGAUUCUGAUACCAGUCCUGCCAUGUCUUUAACUAUGGAGCCUCUUUUGGGACAUGGUAGCCCCCUUAGGGCAUGGGAGUCUGGUCACUAUGUCUCAUACAAAGACAGGGAUGGAGGUUACUACUAUGAACCAUCACCUCCUAAGGUCAUGGAGCACUAUCUGAUACGAGAUCCAGCACAGCCUCCACACGAGAGCUGGGGGUCUCGAAGCCUGAGGCAGGCACUUGGGGAACUGGAGGACCCUUUAGGCAACUCACCAUCACUUGGAAGUCCUCCACAAGGCUAUGCUGAUCCUUACUUGGAGAACAUCCAAGGCUCCAUUAUAGGAAAGAAUGUUACAGGAGGAUACUAUGAUAUGAUGGGCUCCUUGAGGAAAACUAUGCCAGGUAGCCACUCAGUUUGUAUUGAUAUGGCGUCAGGUGGUGCUAUAUUUGUAGGACGAGAUGACAGCGACUCUGAUGAAGAGGAAGACAUUUUUGUGGAGAGACGAGGAAGAAGCUGGUCCACCGGCAAUCCAGCAAAUACAAACACAAUGACUUCGCAUCAGAGGAAGGGGUCUGGUCACCAGGAUUCGUAUGCAGACUUCCACUACACUAUGCCAAUGACAGACAUUGAGGAUACGUGGCCAGAAGAGCAGAACCUGCCGUACCAUAUGGCUAAACCUGUUGACUACUUAGAGACAACGGUAAAAAGCAACACUUGCUUGGUGCAUGGAAGACACAUAACUUCAAACCCUUCACCCGAGUGCAACUCGUAUAUCCAUAUGUGCCAUGAACCCAGAGAGGCUGAAGUGUAUCCUGUACCAUGUUGUCAAGCUUUGAGCAGUUCACAUUUUGUAGACCCUCUAACGGGAACACUUGUGAGGAACUGCUUCAUGAUCGACUGUAUUCCAGGGAAAGCCAUGACAUUGCCCCCAAAAAACCAACAUCUAGGCCAAGCACCUUUAUCUGCUGGACAUAUGGUCUCCAAAAUAGAGUCAUCAAGGGAAGGAGCCAAAGAGUUUGACGUUUCGGAGCAAUAUGUGCAUAUUGCGGCAGGGGAAACCAACUUAAAACAAGAAAAAGCUUUGCAUCAAGAUGCUUCUCCAGCAGAUCCUAAAACUGAAAUUACCUCCAUCCCUUCACAGUUGAACAAAUCAUCCCUAUCAGAGUUACCCAAAUCAGAGCCAGAGUCAGAGUUGAGUAAGACAGCGGACAGCGGUGUGGGCCGUGGAUGCUCUAGUAUCAGCCUGGUAGAGAUUGAUGACUGCAGCGAUGAUGACAUCACUGAUGUAACCUCAGAGAUUUUUUGUGAAUUCACAGUAGAAGCAGAAAAUGCUGACUACGCUAAUCCGACAUUCAAGUCAUUACAAAAGCAGGUUGGUACGCCUGAUUCCAUGGACUCCAUUGACAUACCAUCUACGGCAUGUUCUAGUGAGACACUCAGCCCUGCCUCCAUCCACCCAUCAAGCUCUCCCAAGACAGUGGACAGUGGUUAUGACACCGAAAACAAUGAAUCUCCAGAGUUUGUCCUAAAGGAACCCCAUGAGCUACAAGAUUCCAAGGCUUGUAUCCAACCAUUGGGAAAGGUAACAUCUGCGACUAUCUUUGUCAGCGAAGAAGAAGAGAUUGAAAGGGCAGAGGAUGAGAAGCUAGAGGACAAUCUUGAUACUGUAAUGGCCUUUACAACAUCUGAGAGCAAUGAUGGAGAGCUAAAAGCACUGAGUGAUAAAACUCCAUACAGAGAUUCGGCCUAUUUCUCUGACUAUGAUGGUGGGAAAGAUAAAGAAAGCGAAGAGGACAUCAAUGAACUUGAUGAUCAGAAAGAUGGACUGGAGGAAAUUAUAGAUAAAGAGGAGCUACUUCCUCCACAGAAGGAGACAGAGGGAGAGGAAUAUUGUAUGCCAUCUACAAGGGGCCAUGAAAAUACUCCAGAAAAGGCUGAUGAUUCCACCUCAAACAAUCCAUCUAAGACAGAUGAAGGUGUGUCUGCUUGCGACACAAUCUGUAGUGUGUCUCUCUCACCCCCUGAUAAUGAAGUGUCUGCCAUAAAAGAUCAUUUUGAUGAUGAUGAUGAUGAAAAUCUUGGUAUAGAUUCAGAUCUUUCUACAGAACCAAAAUCGGAAGUAUCUGAUUCAAAUACUUUUCUUGGUCCUGAUGUAAAGCAAGAGGACUCCUUCACACAAGUUGGCAUUGAAGAUAGUCUGACUCUUGACCAAGUAACUUCUGAGGGCAAUGCUGUAAACACCAAAAUUGAGUCCAUUUCAGAGGUCCUCAUCGAUGAGAAUGAAGCGGCCAUAUUCAAAGAUGUGGGCUGUACUAUUUUUUCUGAAGAGGAAUUAGCGUCUCAGAAGGAAACAGCAGAAAGGCACAGUUUCUCUACACAUGAGGGGCUGGAAUCCAGGAGGAAGGACUGUGAAGAAGGAGGACGUAAAAGAAGCUCCAUACGUUCUGGCUCUCCUCCUCCUCCAUUAGAAGGACGGGUAUCUCCCACAGAUGGAGAGGAGGCAGAUGAGGAAGAUGGGGACUCUGAAGACAGCGAUGAAUCCGAUGAGGAGCUGCGCACAUACAGCAUCCACGAGCAGAGCGAAGAAAGCGAGGAUGAGAUCUUGACCGUUCCUAUUAUUGUGAGCGAUUACAGUGAUGCACACAAACUCAGAAGCCUACUUAAGAGGCCAGUGGUGCUCAGUGAUUCACUGUCUGAUGAAAUUGAAAGCAAAAAGAAGGUGGUGUCAUUCUUCGAUGAUGUCACUGUCUUUCUAUUUGACCAGGAAAGUCCAACCAGAGAGUUGGUAGAUCACAAAUUUCCCUUGGGUGGAGAGACAAGCAAAUCGAGCGCAAAGUGUAAAGUGCAAAACCAACAGGAAAAAGUCAAUGCCUCCGAUGACUCUUCUGAUGGAAACAUAUCAGAAGAGAGUGCAGGGUUUGAAUGGGAAGAUGAUUUCCCAUUGUUGCCCCUUCCCACAUCUUCCGAGGGGUCUCCUCCGGACAUCACUGCAAAGCCGAGCCCACCGACCGGCAUCACUAAACCUGUUGCACAAGUCUCUCGUUUUACCAUUUCUCCAUCCAAUGUGUCACGUUUCUCCAUUACACAUGUCUCUGAUUCAGAUAUUGAUUCUGCAUGAGGUAGCAGUGAAGACGGUGAAAUAGAGUGAAUCAUCAUACUAAUACCAACAGUGAGCUGCACUGACAGACCCCUCAGUGAGAAGAAGGUUUGGAUCUCUUUGGAAACCGUUUUUGGAUUUCCUCAAAGACAGUGCCACUUAAUGUCAGCAAACACUUCAGAGCAGCCCUUUUAAAAAGGGCCCAGAAGAAAAAAACACGUGGAAAUGACUAAACAUAUUAACAAACACAAACUAAAAUUUAGCAUAUUAUAGAUGAAAGAGAAUUUGGAUGGAUCUGCUUUGUUCAAAUGGACCUACUGAAAACUGACUGUGACUGUUUACAACAUCAUAUACUGGAUUUUUGGAAAGUGUUGGAAAAGACGCUAAAGGUAUCAUCACUGCAUCAAAAAUCGAAAGAGACCAUCUUAGCGAAAUGUAACAAAACUAAACCAUACUGAUUUUUACUGUGAAAUACCAAUGCAGUGUUGUUUGUAAAGGAGGAGUUUAAAAAGGAGAGGGUAUUUAAGUGUUUUCAUGACUAAAAUGAAGUUCACGACUGCCUUGUGUAUGUCACCUGCCUGAGAGUAGCAUUGUGUUAUGGUGACAUGGCAUUCUGAAACCAUUUUAUUAAUAACCACACUUUAUUAUCAAAUCUCUUUCUUCAUAAUUUGCUUAGUGUUUUAGAUCAUGUUUGUUAUUUAUUUACUUAUUACUCAGUUCUUCAAAUCAAAUUAAUUCCCAGAAAGCAAUUUUGCCUUCUAAUAGCCAUCCUAACACAGACCUGACGUCUAGGUUAAAACAAGGCAAAAGUGAAAAUUGAAUAGACGUCUAACAAUAGCUGAAGAGAGUACAGGCAUAGAACAUGUCAAAGAAACCAAACACAUUAUAAUCACUGUUGACUUUGCUUACAUGAUGUAAUAUCAUACAUCUCCCAAGUUAUUUUAGCCAAAACAACAUGUAACCAAAUUCUGUUCAUAGCAGAAAUCAUGUUCCAAUGAGUUUGACUUUGAAUAUCUGCAGCUAAAUCCAUGAAAUUAUAUAUAUAAAGUGAAACGAUUUACCUUUUUAAAGUAUUGAAGUUUUAAGAGUAGGCAAGUAGAAAAUCUUCAUAAUACUCAAAAAUAAAUAUUAAACAAUAUAUAAUUGACAACAUAUUAUGUAAUGGGGGAUUUCAAUGAUCUGACAUGUAUUUAAUGAUGUAUUUAGAGGGUGAAGAGGGCCUCUUAAUCUAAAUCAUUAUCAUUAGCCAUUUGAAUCAUAUUAUUAAAAAAAACAAAAACAAAGGUGAUUACAAAUGACCAGAAAGUGUUGCACUUUACCUGUAUUCACCCUGUUAAAAUGAUGCUGUACAUGCCUGCUAUCUUUUGAGGAUUGAAGCCGGGUUGUAUUAUGAUCAGGGUGUUAAUAAUAUACAUAAAGAGUGUUAUUUAUUAGCCAACACAUGUUUUAUAUUUCCUUGAACUUUGAAAAACAGAUAAAUGCUUUUUAGCAUUGCAAGCUGCAACGCUUAACAGAACGUCAUGCUGAACUUGAUGUUGGACUUUAUAAAUUGACCAAAAGGAACAAUUUCAACUGCUGAACAAAAUGGACAUGACCUUGUGACUUUUUUCACAUAUGGUUGGGAAACAACACGUCGGACGUGAUCAAGGAGGACGAGUCUGCAGAUGUGACUGAGAACAGUGUACAGUGCGGAGGGAUUCGAUGUUACCUGCACACUUCUGUGCGUUAAAUCUCCAUACGCUACUUUCGAUAUGUUCUGUUUGUUUGCCCGUGAAGGCGUUUAUUCUAUGUAACCGUCUAGCUUAGAUUGAACUAGACAACAGUCUGUACUAUUUUUGUAUUUGAUUCAACAAUUUUAAACUACUGAAAGAUCAAAUGGGAACUUAGGAGGUAAAGGAAAAGUAUGUGUUUUCUGCCAAAGAAAUGUUUCACGUGAUUUGGCACACGCCGGAUUGGUGUCCCUGUUAUUCUGAUCCAGAGCGGCAGAUUCACUGAUUUUUUUUCCCUGGGAAAUUUCCCUGUACGAUGGUUUUGAAUUGCAGUAUAAUGUUAAGCGAGAGUGGGUGUAAGUCUGUUUCUCAAAUUUGUCAAACUUAGUGAGAAAAAUAAAACUAUUCUAUUUGACGGUA